AUGUCUAUAACCCCAGAGGACCGUGGACAAACAUCAAACAACGAACCACGGUGGGAUGAUGGAGAAGACUUGGGACGUGAAUAUGAACAACCCAGCUCAUGCAAAGUGGUUCCGUACCGCCAACAUCCUGAUGGCGAGGAGGCUGCGCUGCUGCGAUCUAAUACGGAGCGGUUCCAGAUGUUUUUCAGGGCUCACUCGGCAAUCUUCUUCUGA